CCUGGACUACAUUUUCCAAUAGGCCUUGCGGCGCGCAAGCGCACAAAACUCGGGGCCCACUGGGCGGUAACGCUGGAACAAGUCCCGCCUGGUCCUGGACAUCUCCAUGAGGAUUUUUGCAGCUCUCGGGCAGGCAAGAGGACACUGCAUUCAGCCCUCCGAUCGUCAGUCUACUUCCUGGCGGAGCAGAGCGAGGCGGCGGCGGCGAGCCGGUGCCCACCAUGGCCGCGAAUUAUUCCAGCACAAGUACCAGGAGAGAACAUGUCAAAAUUACAUCUGACCCCCAGCCAGGCUUCCUGGAGCGGCUGAGCGAGACCUCGGGUGGGAUGUUUGUAGGGCUCCUGACCUUUCUGCUCUCUUUCUACUUAAUUUUCACCAAUGAGGGCCGUGCGCUGAAGACAGCAACCUCUCUGGCAGAGGGGCUCUCGCUUGUGGUGUCCCCCGACAGCAUCCAUGUAGUGGCCCCAGAGAACGAAGGGAGAUUGGUGCAUAUCAUUGGGGCCCUGCGGACGUCCAAGCUCUUGUCUGAUCCAAACUACGGGGUCCAUCUUCCAGCUGUGAAGUUGCGGCGGCAUGUGGAGAUGUACCAGUGGGUAGAAACUGAAGAGUCCAGGGAGUACACAGAGGACGGGCAGGUGAAGAAGGAGACGAGGUACUCCUACAACACCGAAUGGAGGUCAGAAAUCAUCAGCAGCAAAAACUUUGACCGAGAGAUUGGCCACAAAAACCCUAGUGCCAUGGCAGUGGAGUCAUUCACAGCAACAGCCCCCUUUGUCCAAAUUGGCAGGUUUUUCCUCUCAGCAGGCCUCAUUGACAAGAUUGACAACUUCAAGCCACUGAGCCUGUCUAAGCUGGAAGACCCGCAUGUGGACAUCCUUCGCAGGGGAGACUACUUCUACCACAGUGAAAACCCCAAGUAUCCAGAGGUUGGCGAUCUGCGUGUAUACUUUUCCUAUGCAGGACUGAGCAGUGAUGAUCCUGACCUGGGCCCAGCUCAUGUGGUCACUGUGAUUGCCCGGCAACGGGGUGACCAGCUAGUCCCAUAUUCCACCAAGUCUGGGGACACCUUGCUGCUCCUGCACCAUGGGGACUUCUCAGCAGAGGAGGUGUUUCGCAGAGAACAAAAGAGCAACUCCAUGAAGACCUGGGGCCUGCGGGCAGCUGGCUGGAUGGCCAUGUUCAUGGGCCUCAACCUCAUGACACGGAUCGUCUAUACCCUGGUGGACUGGUUUCCUGUCUUCCGAGACCUGGUCAACAUUGGCCUUAAAGCCUUUGCCUUCUGUAUGGCAACCUCACUGACCCUGCUGACUGUGGCUGCUGGCUGGUUCUUCUACCGGCCCCUGUGGGCCCUCCUCUUCGGCUGCCUGGCCCUUGUGCCCAUCAUCAUUGCCCGGACCCGGGUAUCAGCCAAAAAGCUGGAAUGAAUGAGGCCCUGGCACUUGCCCAACACCUGCGUGAGC